ACUAUGUUUAACUAGUCGAACCUGGCUUAACAGCUCCCCUAACAGAAAAGGCACUGGUGCUCUUUACUCAAGCAAUGAAUGGCAUUUCCUAAAGGGGAAAGAAAACCAAGAGGAAUUGGAGGAACUUAACUAGUUGAGGCAAGGCGUGACACUUCCGAACAAGCGUCGCUGAAUGGCCGCUACCGCCAAGAUGCUACUUGCGAUCUGCCAGUAAAGGCAGCUUUAAUUUACCAACUUAAUUCCCAAUCCUUUAAAGAACUACUACAGCCUACUAAUACUGACGUUAAAGCACGGAUUAAGCGAUUUGUUCUAGGUCAAGCAGCUAAGGGAUGGACCCAGGAUGAGGCAAGGCCUAACGUUAAGAAUGAUUAUUCCCAAACUACAUGCCGGAAAUCAUGCUAGAAAGGACACGGGGGCGUGGAGGGUGGCGGCUAAAGAAUGGAACGCGAGUGGGAUGGAGCACACGUAAAGAUGAGCGACUUCGAGAGCGUAAAGGCAUUUUGUCAAAGGAGGGCGACGGGAGCUGAUAGGAGAGAAAAACCAGAGAAGGCGCUUCCAAAACGAAAAGGCGGUUGGAAGGCACUGCACCUGUUGCUGUUGAGAUGGAGCAGCAGACUAGUAAUCCUACUGACCAAAAAGCCAAAGAGGAAGAUAAUGCUGUGUGUCUGUGUCCAGCAAAACCCUCCCCCAGUUAUAUUAAUCUUCAAGCAAAUUCCUUGCCAGCCACUUUCUUGAACAUCCAGACAACAGAGCUGCCUUCAGGAGCUGGCCAGAAGCCCAAGGAAUGCCUAAGACUCCUAGAGUGUGUGUGUGCCAACCUCCAGCUUCAGACCCAGCUUGCCCAACAACAAAUGGCUAUUUUAGAAAACUUGCAAGCUUCCCUGUCACAGCUGGGCCCUGGGCAGGAAAGCAGCAAGGGUUCUUUCCCAGUCUUAUACUGCAGUCUGUUGUUAAAUCACCUGCCCCAACUCCAUAAAUGA